CAGGCCAAUCGUACGAGCUUCCUUGCGAGCAACGCCUUCAUGGGAUCGGUAGUCCUUAACCCUGAUAGUCACAGUAGGGGAACUUGGCGCAGCUGCAAAAGGCAGUUCCUGUAGCUCGCAGAGGCAACUAAUAAAGUUUCUCCUCCGAGCAGGGGGAGGCAGUCGCUGGAGAGGAAAAGAGGGCGGGGCUGCGCACUGGGGAGGGGGACGCCACGGCUGGUGCCGCUCUGCGGGGCGCUCCGCUUUGCUCUCAGGAAUCUGCCUGGGCUUGAGUAAACUGAAUAUAAUAUCAAGCAGUUCUGGAUUCAGAAUGAUAAAAUGGAUUGUAUAAAGUGGGAAUGCAAGGGCCAAUAAGUUCAGGAAAUUCUGAAACGGCCUGCUUUGGGGUAGUGUAAUGUUCAAGUUCAGAAAUGCCUUAUGUGGAUCGUCAAAAUCGCAUUUGUGGUUUUCUAGAUAUUGAAGAAAAUGAGAAUAGUGGGAAGUUUCUGCGGAGAUAUUUUAUACUGGACCGAAAAGAAGAUAAUUUGGUAUGGUACAUGGAUAAUCCACAGAAUCUUCCCUCUGGAUCUCCUCCUGUUGGAGCCAUUAAGCUUACCUACAUUUCAAAGGUUAGUGAUGCAACUAAACUGAGGCCAAAGGCAGAAUUCUGCUUCGUCAUGAAUGCAGGAAUGAGGAAAUACUUUCUACAAGCCAAUGAUCAACAAGACUUAGUUGAAUGGGUAAACGUCCUAAACAAAGCUACCAAAAUCACAGUACCAAAGCAGGCUGAUUCACUGCCUCAGAAUGAUAAUCCAAAUCGCCAAGCUGAAGGUGUGAGCAUAAAGAAGCAGAUGUCUUAUAGAACGGAUAUUGUUGGUGGCGUUCCGAUAAUAACCCCUACUCAGAAAGAAGAUGAUAAUGAUGGUGAGGGUAAUAAAAACUACUUGAAACAGUCCCAGAGCCACCCUUACUAUUCUGCUAAGCAUCUCCCAGAUAACACUGUGAUCAAAGCUGGCUAUUGUGUUAAACAAGGAGCAGUGAUGAAGAACUGGAAAAGAAGAUACUUCCAGCUGGAUGAGAAUACAAUAGGCUAUUUCAAGUCUGAACUGGAUAAGGAGCCUCUUCGGAUUAUACCAUUGAAAGAGGUCCAUAAAGUCCAGGAGUGUAAACAAAGUGAUAUAAUGAUGAGAGACAAUCUAUUUGAAAUUGUAACAACUUCUCGAACCUUUUAUGUUCAGGCGGAUAGUCCAGAGGACAUGCACAGCUGGAUUAAAGCAAUUUCUGGUGCAAUCGUAGCACAGCGGGGACCUGGAAGAUCAGCAGCUUCUAUGCGGCAGGCCAGAAGGCUGUCGAAUCCUUGUAUACAGAGGUAUACAUCAAGAACUGGUGAAUGCAGCAUGAGCAUUCCAACAAUUCUUCAGAAUCCAACUGGACUGCAAAAACAGCAGCUGCCACCUCACAUUCCGCAGCCACUCACAACCCCACUUUGGUCUCAGCCAUUAACAUCAAACCCUUUGUCUUGGAGAAGCGAGGAUUUCACGAAUCUUUUACCAAGGCCGAGCCAGAGAACUUCCAGAUCCAGGCUGUCCCUUCAAGAGACCCAGCUUCCCAAGUGACUGUACGGGGCCUAUGGGAACCUCAAAAUAAAAAUGGCACUCAGGAACAGGAUCCUGGCCCAGUGGAUCUAGAUGAUGCAAGCCUUCCAGUCAGUUAUGUGUAGUCAUAGGAAGAGCUUGGAGAAUGAUCCAUUUGUUUUGGCCCUUGAAUUUCCUUGCUCAGACUUCCAGCCAAAGAUGACUAUGGGAUGAAAGAACAAAGAUUGGAAUGUUGUUCAUGUAGAUCUGUAUGUUUGGAUAUGUUCAAAUUUGUGUAUGUUUAAAUAGUCCUAUACUGCCUUGUACUAAUUAUCAGAGCAGGCCUUUUGCUUUUUCUGCCGCCUGGUAACAAAUCAUUUUCUAAUAGGGAGGGGCCAAAAUAUAUAAUAUUACUGUUACCAAUCAGCAAGGUACCAGCUGCUCUUCAUCUACAAUUUGGCAAAGCUAAGAUUAGCAUCUUAGUGCCCUAAUAAAAGAAAUGUCAACAGGUGUGAAUUAAUUAUACUGUAAGUUAGGCGAAUUACAAGGGAGUUGAUUUUCUGGGUUAUUAACACUGGCAAAGCCUUUUAGGUAUUUGGGUAUAUGUAGUCAUAGGACUGAUGUAGUACCUUGCUAAACCCAGCAGUGCUUCUAACCAGGCAUUUAUUCCUAUACAGAGAUGGUAUUCAUGUAGAAAACAUUGCAGUGCCUGAAAUGAGGUAUGUUUUCCCUCUGUAAGUUGCACAGAUCAAGUAGCCACUAUGUGAUUUGUAUAGCAGGAAAACCACUUUUGCCCCAUUUCAGAAACUGCAUGCACAUAUGUAAACUUACACAAAUCUUCGCAUAUGACGAACAUUGUGCGCGAAGCAGGAAAGAGCUAAAGAUCAUUUACACUGAAAUAAACCUGUUGACUUAAUUGGAACUCCUCCUUUGUAACUGUUCUGUGAAUCACUGCCCUUUUCCCAGAGAAUUCAGCUCCCUUAGAAUUCCAGGUAUUUGGUGCUGUGAAAACAUUACCUAGAGUAAUACAGCUAUUUUGAAUAUUAAACCUAUUUUUGAUGCACUCCUAAAGGUGAAUUGUAACUUUUGCACAUUUGGAUAUUAAUGGACCACCAGUAAGUUGUGUUACGGAUUUUUUAAAAGUAGGGAGAAGGGAAACUGGACUACUAAAUCUUUUAAGUAUUUUAUAUGAGGAUUUCCAGAACUUCAAUGUUUAAACUAUUGUCUAAGUUUUCUUUUUCUCCUGUGAGAUUGAUCUAUUCCCCCUCCUCCAGUGUGUUGUGAACUGUUCCCAUUUAAUAGUUGGAUCAGUAGAAGACUGGGGAAAAAAAGUUUAAUGGUGUUAUCUGGUACUGAAUUGUUCAAUCAUGCAAUCGUGGCCUGUAACUUUUGGUGCACUAAAUUUAUUAAAAGUGCCUGUGGGUUCUUUCUUUAUGAUAUUCUUGGGGACUAAUGGAUGUUGGAUCUCGCUUUUAUGGUUUUGAACCUUAAGGUGAAAUAAUUUUGAGCAGCUUAGUCCAGCGCAACUUUGGUAACCAAGGGAUGCCAAUGGACUGGUAGCUACUAAUUGUGCACUAUAAUUUUUAACUGGAUAGUUGUUCAGGGGUUUCAGUGAUAAAAAAUAAAAAGGUUGAAGAAACCAAUAUCAGAUAUUAGAAGAGAAUGAGCAUGUACUACUUUGUGGUUAGAUAGUAAAAAUGUUUGCUUUAAUCAAAGCUCUCCAAAAUUCCACAAUUUGCUGCUUAAUGUGAGUCACAUGUUUAAGUUCUGUAAAAUUUGUAUGUAAUGCUUUACAAAGCUAAGGAUGUGCAAAUGCUCAAGACAAAAUGUAUCCCCAGUUCACUGAAACUGCUGAGAACUGACUUGUAUCUUAGUAGUGGUGAAAAGCAGCCUUUGCUGAUCAGUGAACAAAAUGCAAGAUUUUGUUAGCCUGUAGCCCUGGGACCUGCUAACAGUUUGUUACCCUGGUAGGGUAGCCUACCGAGCAGCACGUGUCUGGGAAGGACAUGGGGGAGUAAUGGUAUGUUGUCACUUUUGAGGGGAAACCCAGAUGUGACAUGAUGCUUCUCUGGGAAUCACCCAAAACUAUGGUAAAACCAUCGAGUUUCUGUUGAUUUCCAGAGUCGACCAAGGUCACUUCAGGGAAAACCAGGAAACAAUUUUUAAAGAUUAUGUUCCCACCAGUCGGCUGGGGUGAAGCAAAAGCUGUGGGUAGAAGAUUCCUUAUCUGGCAGCCCCAUGCCCUGGUAAGAUGAGGAAGGAGAUGAAGUUCUUUGGACUUCACUCCUGUUACACAGGGUUUACUUUUUGUGUUCUUUUUUUGCUCCAAUAAUAAAACCUCAUUUGAAGAAGUCAGUGGCUCAGGGCCCGGUUAAAUGUGCUUCCCUUGUAGUCCAUGCCAUUCCAGAGUUUCAGGGAAACUUCCUUUAGAUCCUUUAAUUACUUGCAAUUGUCUACAUUCUGUGUGCCAUUCAUAUAUAACAAAAAUAUUAAUGGGAGAGUAAUUCAACCAGUUAAAUUCUCCAAGGUUUCUGCAAUAAUGAGCUUUGUUGGGUUUGAAACUUCUGCAACUGCCCAGGUCCACCCCACCACAUGGUCACUUUAGCAGCUAAAUAUUGAGGAGCAAUAUAAUUUAAUUUCCAGUUUUAUGCUGCCAUUUGCUCUCCAACUUUCUUACUGUAAUGGCACUCUCCAAUGGGAGGGCCAAAAGGGCUAGUGGGAGCAGAAUGUCCUUCCACCGGCUUCCCCACAGCUCCGCUGCCACAAAACCUGGAGGUUGGAGCUACGUUGGUGUCUGCUCGGGCAACAGCGUGGCACUGGGCAGGCUGGGAUGUUCCUGGAGGCAGAGUCAACUGUAGUUGGCUUCUUACUGGGAUUGAAGGCCAGUAGUGUGGCGCACUGGCCCUUGGAAGUAUGUUUGCCUUUUGGUAGCAAAUGUCCAUUCAACCCUAUGGGGCUUGUCAGUGGUGGAGAGGUCCACAGCUUUUCCCUGCUCCUUAUGUUGCCAAAAAGCCCUUCAGGAGGUGGUGGGGCAUUGCUGCAUUGGUGCUGCGGCCCACUGCCCCCAGGUGAUGUCCUCCUGGUAUUUACUGUGGAGAAGGAGUUUGUCCUGUACCCAAGUUUGCAAACUCUUUGUCCUCCAUUUGCUAGUUUUGCUUGUAGAAGGUUCAGUCAAGAGAUACAAGCAUUUUUCAUGAUUGCCAGACUUACGCCAAAUUUACAUGUGCCAUGUUAAAAGUGUUUUUUAAAGCUGUUGGUAUGCACCUAUUAAAAACAUGCAAUAAGUUGUCCAUGCACUUGCACUGGGUUUCUGAAUUGAAUGUUGGCCAUGUAGGAAAGUGGGUUUACAAUUACUUUUCUUCCCACGUUUCAUAACACACAUGAUUUCAGUAUAGUCCUAGAACUGAGCCACUUCUUAAUCUCAUUGUCUCCUCUCUUUUUAUCUUUGGAUGAGGUUGUACCAUUGCACUUCCACACUUAGAUAUGUUAAUGAUUUUGCUUGCAAGUGAUCAAAAUUUGUACUCUAAAAUUUGAUCGUGGAAAUCCUAUUUUCAUGGUACAUGAGUGCAACUGUGCAAGUCAGCAUAUUGCUUACAUUUAUUGAGAAACAUGGAUGUAAUCAAUUUAACAUGUUAAUAAAACCUCUUGGACUUGUGAUUCUUUGAGGAUCGAGUAUGCAGAAAUGGGAUGAUUAUUUUGGGGUUCUGAAACUAAAAAUUUAAAGGAGAGAGCAUUUACACAAAGGCAGAGAAGUAGCAAUGCCACAAUGUCUUGUUUCAAAUUGAUUUGUUGUAGAGCACCUUUGUAUUUCCUAACCAUAAGCUAAAAGUUUUACAAGCAAUGGUUGUAAUUUGCAUUUAUUUGACUUCUCAGUUACAUGUGAAAAUAAAUGCCUUGAAUGUUUUGAGUCUAGUUUAUUAGCAUACAUUUUAACAUAUUAAAAUUAGCCAAUACAUAUUUGGGACCUUAUUUUUCACCAAUAUGUACUUGUGAGAGAAGCUGAAUUGGAAUGUUAAUACUAACAUACUUUGAAUAGUUUCAUAUGUCCCAGCUCUGGUGCAGCUUUUACAUUGCAUGUUCAUUUUAUUCUGUUCUGGUAUCACUGAUUUUACAUAAUGAAUUGGAGGGAAACAACACCCGUACAAAUUUCUUUUCAAAUCAAAGUUAGAUAGCUUAGUAGUACAGGAAAAUAUUUGUGGUUAAUAAAUUGUCAGGAUCUCUUUAGCUCUUUUUAAAAUAAAAUCAAUGAAAAAUGUUACAUUAUUGUAGAACCUUUGCUGUUUUCUGUAAAUAUGUCACGUAAAUUGUUAAUAAAUUCAUUAACUAAACCUA